AUGGGAUCGCUGGACGGCCAGUUCCACAUCUUUGCCCCGCAGGAGACAUGGCCGUGGCAUAACGACCAGUCCCGUCUACGGACGGCCCCUGCUCACGUUGCGAUCGUUCCUGAGCGCAGCAUUUUGCUUAAGAGUUUCACCCAGCUCACCAAACGCCUGGCUGCGACCAUUGGGAUGGGGAUGGACGCUGGGCCGCUGGAGCAGAUGGCGGCGCGGGCGACGGAUACCUACUGCGGGGCGGCAGGUCUUGCACCCUCUAGCCUCGAUUUUGUACCGAUCACGCACGCGGAGGUGGCCGAGAUGCGGCGCUCCCUGAGGGGCCUCGUCAUUGAGACCUUCCAGAAAACGCGACGGGUAAUGUUCAGCUACUAUAGCCAUAAACUUUUUGGGGCUGACGGGACGGACCCGCACUACCGGUACUUCCCCGACCUCACUGCGGAGGCCGUUCUGCUACGUGCAGCCGACGUUCCUGGGCUCUCGCCGGAACUGCAGCCCAGGCGCAUCAGCAGGCCAUCGGCUUGGAAGAUGGCCCGGGCAAGCGCCCCCAACAAGAAAAGGGCGAAGCCAGACGACCGCCGACCCAUCGUCAACCGUUCGGCGUGGCCUGCGGCAUGCCUCGACACGCCAACGGCUCGGGCGCUGGACUGGGUCGGGGCCUGCUACCUCCCACAGCAUGCCCACAUUGACAUCCACAGGGCCGACUCCGUCAUCGAGCUCCUCCGCGAGUUUACCGAGAUCGGACCAUCGACCCCGGUCCGAGCAUGCGGCUCCGACGUCGUCAGUUGUUUCACGAACAUGCCCCACGAGCUCAUCGUUCGGGCUUGGUCUUUCUACCGAUCUACCCUGCAAGGGUCGAUCCAGGCUAUCCGCGUGGCGCGCCGCGGCAGGCGCGCAGUAUCAUCAGCAGGGGCGCCUCCAUCCCGAGUUCACGGCCAGUGCAUGACCAUCACUAUUGAUGACACUGAUGUGCUUUUACGGCAUCACCUUUGCACCGGUUUUUUCAUGCUGGGGGAGCUGGUGGGGAUGGAGGUGGAGGGCCUGGCGAUGGGGAGCCCCAUGGGCUCAGCGCUUACCCGGAUGGCGCUAAUUUUCUGCGACCUUACCUUCUACUACUCCUUGCAUGGUCCUGAACUCUCCCCCUUGGGAUGCAGGGGCCGCGUAUAUGAGACCGUGAUCUUGGGCCACGUGGUGUGGCUUCUCGAGGUGCGGUACAUGGACGAUUACCUCCUUCUUUGGAAAGGCCCUUCCCACUUGAAGGCUUGGGACAUCGGGCUUAUUGCCAGCAGCCUGGCACAACGGGCAAGAGAGCGGUACCCCCUUCCGCUCGAACGAGAUGAUAGCCUCAAGUUCGUAGGUGUUGACCUUAAGCUUAACGUGGACGGCAGCGUGGCGGCAUGCCCUUCGAUUGGACAUCUUGGGGGCAGGGGCGGCGCCUUUGAGUUUGAAGGUUUCUCGCCUUACUACAGCUUCAUCCCUGACAGCACGAAGCGGGGUAUCAUCCUAGGCAUCGUGGCGCGCGUGGCCCAGUACACUUUUCCGGACAACUUGCGCUCCGAGGCCUUGCGCGCGUUCCGGGACCACUUGACGGGGGUUUCGGGCUACCCUGUAUCAGUGUUUGACAGCUGGGCUCGUGAAGGCACGCGCCACUGGCCACCUCAGCUGUGA